AUGAAGUUGUUAAUCGCUAUAGGAUUUUGUUUGGCGGGAUGCUGUGCUUUAAGCACAAAACAACAGCGCAGGUUCCCCGAUGACUUCCUCUUCGGGACGGCGACUGCAUCCUACCAAAUAGAAGGAGCAUGGAACGCGGAUGACAAGGGAGAGAAUAUCUGGGAUCACAUGACUCACACCAAGCCUCAUGUGAUCAAAGAUCAGAGUAACGGCGAUAUCGCUGCCGACACCUACCACAACUACAAACGCGAUGUCGAGAUGAUGCGUGAGCUUGGCUUGGAUGCGUACCGAUUCUCUCUCUCUUGGUCCAGGAUCCUGCCCGACGGCUUCUCCAACAGGGUCAGCAAAGCGGGCGUCACUUUCUACAAUAAUUACAUCGAUGAAAUGCUCAAGUACGGAAUCACGCCAAUGAUCACUCUCUACCACUGGGAUCUACCUCAGAAGCUGCAAGAGUUGGGAGGUUUCGCCAACCCACUUUUCUCGGACUGGUUCGAGGACUACGCGAGGGUUGUGUUCGAACACUUCGGUGAUAGAGUGAAGUACUGGAUCACCUUCAAUGAACCAAGGGAGAUCUGCUUCGAAGGUUACGAUACGACAACGAAAGCCCCGCAGUUAAAUGCCACCGGUGUCGGCGCGUACCUUUGUGCCAAAAGCCUCGUUUUAGCACACGCCAAGGCCUUCCAUGCAUACAGGAACGAUUUCGCCCCGAGCCAAGGCGGGCAAUGCGGUAUCACCAUCAGCGUUAACUGGUUCGGUGCGAAAACCGACACUGAAGAAGAUCAGUUCGCAGCUGAACUCUACAGACAAGGAGAGUGGGGGUUAUAUGCGGAGCCGAUCUUCUCCGAACAAGGCGGCUUCCCCAAGGAGCUGUCUGAGAGGGUCGCCCAAAAGAGCUUGGAACAGGGAUACCCAAGGUCCCGAAUGCCAGAGUUCACUGAAGAAGAGAGGGCUUUUGUCCGGGGUUCCGCCGAUUUCUUCGGGGUGAACCACUACACGGCUAAACUUGUGUCAGCCGACGGCGGAGAUUACAUAGUGCCUUCCUUGAGUGAUGAUGUUGGCGCGACCGUCUCUGUACCAGACGAUUGGCCCGUGUCUGCAUCCUCGUGGUUGAUACAAGCGCCGGACAGCAUACUCAACGCACUCACACACCUCAAGGAGAAGUACAACAGUCCAGCGUUUUACAUAACGGAGAACGGCUGGUCCAGCCCGCCAGACUCUGAUCUCCUGGAUGACGACAGGAUCCGGUAUUACCGGGCGGCCUUGGAGAGUGCUCUCGAUGCUAUCGACGCUGGCGUGAACCUGAAGGGCUACAUGGCCUGGAGCCUGAUGGACAACUUCGAGUGGAAUAGUGGCUACACAGAACGCUUCGGUCUCUACCAAGUGGACUUCGAGGAUCCAGCGCGCAGCCGCACGCCCAGGAAGUCGGCGUUCGUCUACAAGCAGAUCGUCAAAUCGCGCGUCAUCGACCACGAAUACGAGCCGGACUCCAUGACCAUGACCAUCGACGAAGGUCAC